AUGGGCAACCGACUGGAGGUCCCCCCAUCAGAAAUAGUGGAAAAGGGGACUGCCGAAGUUCUCAGUUUUUUGCGGCAACUAGCAAAGGGAUCUGGCAAGAGGGCCAUUGCUAAGCUCAUGUUUAUCGGACCUGGCGGGGUGGGCAAGUCGAGCUUGUUUGCGGCCCUGCGGAGCGGAGAACGUGUGGCGGAAGGCAGCACUGAAACCACCGUCGGCAUUGACGUUGGGUUUCUGGAGUGGCCAGUGGACGUGGGCGGAGGCGAUGUCCCGCUGACCUUCCGGGUAUUUGACUGCGCUGGCCAGGAGCAGUACGGGAUGAUGCAGCGCCUCUUCUUCACCGUGGACCAGUGCCUCUACAUCCUGGUGGUGGACCUUAGUGCGGAAAUUGACGUUGGCAUUUUGAAGGAUCGGCUGGACUCGAUCCAAGCUGUUGCGCCGGGAGCGACGUUCAUCCUGGUGGGGACAAAGCGCGACAAAGCUGUGGGAGAAGCAGAUCAGACCCUGGCGGCGCUGCAUGAUUCCCUCUUGACCUCCCUGAAGCGUGACGCUGACCUUGUUGUGGAGAGCGAGGAGUAUGACGACCUCGGCUAUGUGCAGCAGCCACCGGAGCUGCUGAGCCAGUACUUUUGCGUCUCCUCGACCGAGUAUCACGCCGUUGCCGCCCUGCAACAAGCGCUGGUCAAGCUCGUGAGGGGCAACCGCAGCCGUUUUGAGCGGGUGCUCCCGCGGUCGUGGGUCGGCCUGUUCGAGAAGAUUGCAGAGUUCCAGCGGUCCUUGGAUGGCAAGGCCAAUAAGGGCGUGAAGGGCGAGGGGCAAGAACCGGUGCUGGAGUCAGGAGCACUGUUGGAGGCUCGUAAGGAUCGGGUCUGGGAGCGGGUCGAAGCCGCCGAGCUAGGUUUUCAGAGCGUCACGGAGUUCGAAGAGGCCCUGAGCUAUUGGAGCGCGUUGGGCUACGUGUUGUGGUUCUCAGAGGUCCGGGAACUGAAGGAGGUCGUUUUCCUGCAGCCAUCGUGGUUGGCUCUGGUGCUUGGGAGCAUCUUCAGCCACACGCUGGAUGACAAGACGCUCUGGAAGCCGCAUUUGAUGGAGAAGGUCAAGGACCUCACCAAGCGUGGCCUCCUGCACAAGGAGCUCAUCCCCGAGCUGCCCAAGCUGCGCGAGAGGAACCGGGAAAUCGAUGUCCCGCGCCUGCUCCAGAUCCUGGAGCACUUCGAGCUGGCGUACUCGAUCCAGGGAGAGUACUUCCUCCCAGGGCUGUGGACAGAGGGGCGGCCGCCGGAUGUUGAGUCCUGGAGUUCUGAGUCAGGGGGCACUGUCUUCCGAGGGUGGCGGCUCAUGAGCACGGGUCGCCUGCCGGCGGGCUUCUUCGAGACCGUGUUGGUGCGGUCCGGGGUGUGCACCGCGUACCCUCACCAGCAGCGGUGGCGGCGGGGGGCGCUGAUGCUAUUGUCGGAUGGCGGGUCACUGCUGGUGGAGUCCCGGACGCGCCGCGACGGCGGGGUCGACUUUGACAUCCUCGCAAAGGCGAACGCACCCACGGGGGUAGGAGACGACACGAACAGACUACUGUGGGAGCGUCUGUCUCCCGUCAUCACCUCUGUCUAUAACGCGCACAUGGUCGACUUCCGCGGGUACCAGAGGCUGCAAUAUUCCGCUGCUUGCCCGAACCACUACCCCAACCACUUCCUUCCCAUGACCCCCGAGGUCCUCAAGCAGGUGAUGAGUGGGGGGUUCUCAGCCGGCGACCUGGAGGCCUCGUGCGGAGCGCCAGGAGUGAACCUUGAAUUCGUCCCCUAUUUGAAGAUUGCCCCGGCGGUUGCUGAUUUGAAAUCGGCCUCUGGUGAAUUGAAGAAUACCAUCUUCAAGUUGGAGGUGAAAGCGGGACUGCAGCGGAUCGAGAGGGCCCAGAAGGUCUUUCCGGAGCUCAUCGAAAAAGCGCAGCAUGCCCUUGGGAGGCUUAUUGUCGAGGUGGAACGGAAUAGAGCCCCCCGCGUGUUUGUGAUUCAACGCCAUGGCGACACCAGCGCCACGGCACGGUCCAUUAUGGAGAAUAUCUCUGAAGAAGUUGGGAAGGCCGCGGUCAAGGUCGUGAAGGGCACCUCCUCGGCAGAAGAUCAGGCGCGCCUGGCCUUCUCCGUUGUGUACAACGGUUUCGUCCAGAAGCUGUUUCGCCAUGAUGCGACGCUGUACCUCUGCUGCGAGGAAUGCUUCGCCCUUCAGGGAAGCGGGUACAAGAUCCAGAUGUCCAAGUGGGCCGAGAGGUUGGCAGCUGGCCUGGGCGUGCUGCUGCUCCUGGGCAAGCUGGGCAGCCUGUGCGCGCCCAUGGCAGGACUGGACAAGGUGGCCGACGGCCUGGUCAAGGCUAUAGAGGCCUUGAAAGCCCCGUUGCAGCAGCCCAACACUGCGCUCCCAACGGCCGCUGAGGGCGCAUCCCGCGACCUGCACCACGUCAGCAAGGAGGGCCUCGAGGCCGCUGAGCUGCUGCAGUUCCUCCAGGAGAACGACAAAGACAAGGGCUGGACCAAACUCCUCACCCUGUACGAGGCGCACGCGUGCGCAGUCCCCGACAGCGGGCCCUCAGCAAGCAGCGCGCCUACCGCGCCUAACGCCGUGCAGGGGAGCCCGGCCACGGUGUGGAUCUGCCAGAAGUGUGUGGAAAAGCGAUUGCCGGUUCAUGCUGCCCCGAGGGGGUUCCCUGGCGAACCUGGCCCAGAGAAGGAUGACGGGGAGCCCGCUGCCAACAACUCUUCCGGGACGUCUGGGUCUUCCUGGAAAAGGUGCUUCCGGUGCUGCGGGGGGGAUGUAGUCUAA